AGAGCAAAGAUAGUUAACGUUCUAACCACCGUUAAUAGAGAUCCACGGAUCCAUCGAAGUCAUAUUUAUACAGGAAAAACGCAAGGAUCAUCCGGACAUCUAAUUGUUCAACCACUUUUCGCUUGGUGACCCAGUUUUAGUUGACCGCGACAUCAAAAUCACAUCCGUUAUGCCCAAGAGGAGCUCACAGAAGAGUGCCAAUGCGAAUCCUUCAUCGAACUGGCUUGCUCUACAAAAGAAACUUUCAGCUGGUUCUAAGAACAUCAAUGAUGCCAUGUCGCGUAAGCGUAGAAAACUGAAUCAUGCAACAUCGUCUUCUACGCUAGUUACAUCUUUCGCCACGUCUGUGGGAUCGACGUCAGCGUCUUUUCCUCGAGGGUACACGGUGUCGAAGGUUGAAGAAGAAUUACCAGAUGUUGAAACCCGGGAAAUGAGAAACGGAGAAUCUAUCGCAAACCUGCGUAAAAUGGUCCUUGGUCAACUUGAAUAUACAUCUGCGCAGCAAGCUCCGGGAAAAUACCUUGCGCUCGAUUGCGAAAUGGUUGGUGUAGGCACUGAUGGAGAAGAAUCUUCCCUUGCACGUGUCAGUCUCGUAAACUAUUACGGUGCAGUUCAAUUAGAUGAGUUUGUGCGACAACGAGAACGUGUUGUCGAUUAUCGCACUCAAUGGAGUGGCAUCCGUCCAGCCGAUAUGGUCAAAGCCAAACCCUUUCAAGAAAUACAAAAAAAGGUCGCUGAGUUAUUGAAGGACCGAAUACUAGUUGGGCAUGCCGUACACAAUGAUCUCAAGGUUCUGUUGUUGUCACAUUCCAGACAUAUAACUCGUGAUACUCAGCAGUAUGCCAGCAAGUUCAAGGUUAUGAAUACCAAUCGCCCCGCUCUCCGGAAUCUUGUAAAACAGGAAGUUGGCGUUACUAUCCAAGGUGGUGAACACUCCAGUGUAACUGAUGCGAGAGCCACCAUGGCUGUAUUCAGGAUACAUCGGAAAGAGUGGGAAAAAGGAUCGAGACCACUUUCUGUAAAUGCGGAGGAUAGCAGCGUAACGUCCAAGAAGCGCAAGCACUCGGAAGAGACCGACGACUUGGAGCAUUCCACUUCAAAAGAGGUCGUAAAUAAAGCCGAAAGCAAGACAUUUCCUGGAGGCGGUAGAAAGGGUGUCAGCUCGGGGUUGUCUACGGUAGUGAAGCGCAGUAAUAAAAUCCGCAGCUCAAGCCCUGGAGAAAAGUCCCAGUGGUGGAAGAGCCUUGGUGGAAAUGUAGGUUCGUCUAAGGGAUCAAUGCGACUCAAAAUGGGAUAGUUUAUGGGCUAUGAUAUGAACCGCCCAGAGUCCAUUCCUGAAGUCCACAUGGGCUUUGUUACUACGAUCAUUCACAGGAAGUGCCCGAGUGGGGUGAUUUACUACCGGGUAUAGACCUGGAUUGCUACACUGAAGGCGUCGAGAUGACAUCACAGUAUUUAAACGCACACUGGCAAGAAUUAAAUAAUUGCCAACAGUGCCGCGAUGUGACCUGUCUGAAUAUAACUUUCUACUCUCUACAUGGAUGUUUACUUGAAAAAUACAGCACACAUUAUCGACUCUCUAUAGUUAGGAAAGCCUGUAAUCUACUGAGCCGUGACUGAACUU